AUGGGUCAUUGUCUAAGCGGGGCCCGGCGAUUCACAGCCUUUUUUUCUCCGUUGCGCUACCCCUCUAAAACCUCACGUUUUUUGAAGCCUCUAAUACCCCGCGCGUCGUUUACCUCGCGAUCUCCCAUCAUGGCGUCAGCUUCCCUCCCCGCCUCCGUGGCGGCCCUGUCCCUCCAAUCGACUGAGCAGCGGUCUCAGUUCGCUGGUUGCUUCCCAACCUUGAACCCAAUGGACAUCUACCGUGAACACAUCGCAACCGAGAUUGGAAAGGCACUCAACAUCGACGCCCAGAAGGUCUACGCUCGUGUCGCAUGGACCAGCACUCUCGACAAGGGUGAUCUUUCACUGCCCGUCGCCUCCCUUCAAAUCAAGCAAAACCCCAUCGAGCUGGCCAAGGAUGUCGUGAGCAAAUUCCCCGAGUCCGACUUCAUCCACCCCCCAACCGCCCUCGGCCCUCACGUGCAGUUCUUCUGCAAGCCUCAACCCUUGACCAACACCGUCCUCGGGCGCGUCCUCAAAGAGAAGGCUGCCUACGGAACCAAUGGCAACCAGGGCCAGAAGGACCCCUCCGACCCCUCCAAGGGACAAAAGAAGAUCAUCAUUGAGUUCUCUUCGCCCAACAUCGCCAAGCCUUUCCACGCGGGUCACCUGCGCAGUACCAUCAUUGGUGGAUUCCUUGCCAACAUCUACACUGUUAUGGGAUGGGAUGUUAUCAGGAUGAACUACCUGGGUGACUGGGGUAAGCAGUACGGUCUGUUGGCCAACGGCUUCAAGUACUUUGGCAACGAGGAAGCUCUUGUCAAGGACCCCAUCAACCACCUCUUCGAUGUCUAUGUCAAGGUCAACGGUCUCGUCAGCGAACAAGAUGGUCCGAUCAAGGAGCUCAAGGAACAGAUCAAGGCCAAGAAGGAGAAAUCCGAGGAUGUUGCUGAACUGGAGGCACAGCUCGCUAAGCUCGUGGAUGUCAGCGAGGACGAGAAGGCUCGCCGCUACUUCAAGAGCAUGGAGGACAGCGAUCCCGAAGCUCUUGCUCUCUGGCGCAAGUUCCGUGACCUCAGUAUCGAGAAGUACAAGCAGACCUACGCCCGCCUUAACAUCGACUUCGAUGUUUACUCUGGCGAGUCUCAAAUUAAAUCCGAGAGCAUGACCAGUGCCUACAAGCUCAUGGAGAAGGCCGGUGUCUCCGAAGAGUCCGAAGGUGCCGUGAUUGUGGACUUCACUAAGCACGGCGCUAAGAAGCUUGGCAAGGCUAUCAUUGUUCGCAAGGAUGGAACUCCUCUCUACCUGACCCGUGACAUCGGUGCCAUCACCGAGCGUGACGAGGAAUACCACUUCGACAAGAUGAUUUACGUUGUCGCUUCUCAGCAAGAUCUCCACCUUGCUCAGCUUUUCAAGGUCACUGAGCUGAUGGGCCACAAGGAUUUGGCUUCUCGUUGCCAGCACAUCAACUUCGGUAUGGUCCGUGGUAUGAGCACCCGUAAGGGUACUGUCAAGUUCUUGGAUGAUAUCUUGCGCGAUGUCGGUGACAAGAUGCACGAGGUCAUGAAGAAGAACGAGGUCAAGUAUGCCCAAGUCGAGGACCCCGAGAAGACUGCCGAUGUCCUGGGUAUCACCUCCGUCAUGGUGCAAGAUAUGACUGGCAAGCGUGUGAACGGCUAUGACUUCAACUUGGAUGCUAUGACAUCCUUCGAGGGUGACACUGGUCCCUACCUGCAGUACGCCCACGCUCGUCUUUGCUCGAUGACCCGCAAGUCCGAGCUGGACGUUGACGACCUGGUCAAUGCCAACUUCGACCUGCUGACCGAGAAGCACGCCGUUGACUUGGUCCGUCUGUUGGCUCAGUGGCCUGACGUGCUCCUGCAAACUGCUAAGACUCUCGAACCCAUCACUGUCCUGAGCUACCUGUUCCGCAUGACUCACAUGUUGAGCUCCAGCUACGAUGUCCUGAAGGUCAUUGGCAGUGAGCCCGAUGUCAAGAAGGCUCGUAUGGCCCUGUAUGCCGCGGCUCGCCAGGUCUUGAACAACGGCAUGCGUGUCCUCGGUCUGAACCCCGUCGAGCGGUUAGUAUCCUUUUUUGCCACCGGAGAAGCAAUCACUAACAUGUUUCUAGUAUGUAAUCGUGAUCCGGACUUACUCAUCUUUCUGUUUGAACACCUCCCUUUUAUAGUUUAUCUUUACAUUAUUUUAGAUGCAUUGGGCGCCAAGAGCGGGCAAAUAAAAACGGCAGUGAUCCUUCGUCACUGGAAUUCUUUUGAACCUUCUCUUCCUGGGGUUUAA